AUGCCUCACAAUCUUACGCGAGAUCCAUGUCGAAUUGAUUCAGACAGCGACGAUAGCAUAGAUAAUCCAUUGCGUACACAUAUGCAAGUUAUACCAAGACCACAAACGCCAAAAGUUAUACCAAAACGGUCUCCACCUAAAAUAGUCGAUUGGGAUGCGUCACCAAACGAACUACCCACGAAUGAUAAGAAAAAACAUACUGCUCACACACUAAAUCCAUCGACUGAAAAUGUAGUUUCAUCGUCAACAGCACGAAUAUCAUCAUCAUCAUCAUCAGAUACGUCGUUAGAGCCUAAUACACAACUCAAUCGAUUAGAAUCUACUACUACUUCUACUCCAAAAUCUCCUUCUGCAUCCUCGACUGAUUUUGAUCCAAUUGCAUUAAUUCAACAAGAUCUAAGUAAAUUUAUUUAUAUGCAUAUUCCAAAAGAAUAUUCAUCCUUUGUACAAUGUCGUCUUCGACGUGAUACAACUGGUGUACAAAAAGGAUUUUUUCCAACAUUUUAUUUGCAGGCUGAACGCCCAGGUGAUAACAAAAAAUUUUUUCUAUUAGCUGCACGUAAAGUAGCGAAAGUAAAUCGACAAACAGAAUAUUUAAUUACAACUAAUGUUGAAACUUUAUCAAAAAAUUCAGGUGGUGAUGGGUGUGUCGGUAAACUACGAGGAAAUAAUUUAAGUGGAACUGAAUAUACACUUUAUGAUCAUGGUUUAAGUCCAAAUAAAUCUUCUAGUAAACAUUUAAAUAAUAAAGAAAGUUUAAGGCGUGAAUUAGCAGCUAUUAUUUAUAAUACGAAUAUUUUUGGUAUUAAAGGACCGAGACAGAUGAGUGCUAUGUUACCUGAACUUGGACAUGAUAUUCGACCAACAAAAGAUGAAGAUGGUAUUCUUGAUCAAUGGCGCGAUAGACGUUUAAAUUAUUUAAUUCAAUUACGAAACAGAUCACCAAAAUAUAAUGAAGACACAAAAACUUAUGUUCUUCAGUUUAUUGGUAAUCGUGUAGCACAACCAUCAGUGAAAAAUUUUCAAAUGAUUAUUGAAAAUGAAAAUCAUGAAGAAGAAGUUAUUAUGCAAUUUGGUCGUGUUGAUAAAGAAAUAUUUACAUGCGAUUUUCGUUAUCCACUUUCUGCUAUUCAAGCGUUUGCUAUUGCUCUUAGUUCAUUUGAUAGUCGACUUAUACGAGAAUAA